ACUCCGGGCUCUUCUUCCAUUCUCUCUAAUGGAGCGCGUCUUUCCGAAACUCAGCCACGCUGGGAUUUGCUCCACAGUCCCCCAGUUCCAGGUUCUGGAUUAUGUUCCAUGGCAGCGGUCCAAGCAGAAAGCCAAGCCAUCUACUCUGCCUCCAAUCCCGCAAACCGUCGACACUAAGAAAAGCAAAAUGAAGACCUGGACUACUGUCCAGCCAGGGCUGCAAUCCAAGCCCACUCUGUGGAUGACAAGCCAGCCGAGGAAUCCACUAGAACUACGCAGAGGAAAGUUGGACUCUGGGCAGACACAGACCAAAAUCCGACUAAUGAGAACGAUGCUCAGGAACCGGCGAACUUCGCACCAGGAGCUCUGUAACCACGAGGACUUCCUCACCAAGCUCUGUGGGGAACUGAUCAAGACCAUACAGGACAUGGAGGACAGCUCGGCCCUGAAAGUGCGGGUGAUGCUGCAGCAGCAGGACGUCUUCACGACCAUCACCGACAUCUUGGAGUAUUCAAACAAGAAGAAGCUGCACCAGAUGAAGUGUGAACUUCAGGAGUGGGAGGAGAAGGAGGAAUCCAAGAUACACAACCUGGAGCAGCAGGUGGAACAGCUGGAUGCCAAGAUCGAGAAGGUCCACGAGAAAGUGAGCUUUGUGAGCACUUACAAGGACCAUGAGUAUCCCAUCAAGUCAGUCCAGGUUGCCAACCUCGUGCGCCAGCUGCAGCAGGUGAAGGACAGCCAGCAGGAUGAGCUGGAUGACCUCAGUGAGAGGUGCAGAAUGGUCCUGGCGUCUAUGUCCAACCAGAUUCAGGAUAAGAAAAAAACCCUUCUGAGGUCCUUGGUGGUGAAAAUCCAGCGUGCCCAUCAGGAGGCUCUCCUGCAGAAGACUUGGAAUAGCCGGGUCAUACUGAAAUACAUGGACAAGUUUCAGGAAUUUAUAGACCGUUUUGAGGAGGAAAUACCCAUAUUAAGGGCUGAGAUGGAACAGCUCCAAUUUCAGAUCUGGAAACCCCGAGAGACUGUAUUUGCGGACAUUCUGCUUCGGAGAUCCAAGUGCACCCCCGACAUGGACGUCAUCCUCGACAUCCCCGUGGAAGAGCUGCUGCCCUUCUAGAUGACAGGGCCAUAGGCCACCUCUCCCUCCCUGGUCUCUUCCCCACACCCAGAGCCUUGAGUUCUCUCCUUUCAAGACCACGUCCCGUUUAAACCCUGCUCUGCAGUUCCUUCCUUCUUCACCCUCCCUCCCUCCCUCCCUUCCUUUCUUCCUUUUUUGUUUCCCCCCUUCCUCCCUCC